CCUUACCAUCAAUUAAUCUAAAGCACAAGCGCAUAAACCUCACCAAAAUGUCCGCCAACGAACAAAUUAGACAGAACGAGCAGGCUAUCAACUCUUACGCUGCUAAGGCUGGUGCUGGCAGACAGAGUGACUCAACUGUCGACUCGGGUGUUAACGAACAGGUCACUGCCCAAUUCCCUGGCUCUACCGUCCAAGUAGGCGGUACCAAGCGAGGAGAGAACCCCCCAAUUCCCGAUGAAGAAGGAGGUGGUAUUAACCCCGGAACUGGGCAUCAAACAAAGGCGCAGGAUUUCGAAGGCCCUGGAGGACCCGAGGAAAAGCAAGCCCGAACAGCGUACCAAAGGCCUGGUGACCAGAAUGUCCCCAACUUUUUGGAGCAGGGACAGUAGAUCGUGUAAUACCGUUUAAGUCGUAUAUUGGGGAAUUAUAUUAUGAAAAGAAGUCCUGCAUAGUCAUUUAUAGCCAAAUCUGUAAGAUUCAGAGGAUGGCUAAUAAUACUAUUAAGGCUCAUCAGCGUGCAACUUGCUGCCCUUAAUAAACUAAUAGUUAAAAACCAAAGAUUUUACCCGUAGUCAUCUACUAGUCAUCCAUGGAUACCUUGCCCUUAU